GUUCCCAAAUAAAAACUGUGGCGUUAUUAUUAUUUAGUAACGCCCUAAUUCCUAAUUACCCCUUUUUCCAAUUUCCUUCUCUCUCUCUCUCCUCUGUGUUUUUCUGCUUCAAUUUUGCUCUUUGUUUCUUACUUCUGAUUCUCUCUCUCUCUCUCUCGCUCAUCUGAAGAAUUCUUAAGCUGAUUAUGUCUCAGGCGGUCACUCAGAUCCGAAGACUUUCUCGGAAUUUCCUUUGAACUUCUCAUCGCGAUAAUUUGGAGUACUGACUAUGCAAAGAGAUCAUGUUGCAAGCAGAUAGUAGGUGCAGCUGGUAGUAUGUAAACAUGACUGUGAAUUCAUUGAAGAAUUAUGGGGGUUAAUGAAGCUUGAUGAUUUUCUAGUUUGGAGCACCAGAAGCUCCAGAGAUCUUUGUACAUCCUUAUUAAACAUUCUUAUAAAAGGCUUCUACCCUAGAAACGUGGUCAGAUAUUUAAUAAAGUAAAACUCUGAAGAUCUGUUGGUUUUGGUGCUCGCAUAGAUUAAAAUGGACAGAUCAGAUACAUCUGGCUUUGUUAGUGGUGGAGAUGGCUUAUUUUCAUUUCUCCCACUUGUUCAUCUAGUUCUCAUGUGUUAGACCCGCUAAUAGCAUCUUUGACAAAGAACUCUGCUAGUUGGCCUUUUUAGCAUUAGAAACACUAUCAGAAAAUGGAUCUGAACAAGAAUAGUUUUCUGUUUCCUCGUGAUGGUGAGUUCACCAAAAAUGACAACAGUCGUGAUACCACUCUAUGCUUGAAUUGCCCUGGGUUUGGAGGAAGCCACCUAUCCAGGUAUCAAAGCAAUGUUGGGGUUAGCUUCUCCAAUGCUCCUGAUGAUGGCUGCAGGUUGGUACUUGGACUGGGACCGACACCAAGUGCAUACUCAAAUGAUUAUCACAAUUUUCCCUUGAAGAGGAGUAAAGAAUUAUCCACUGUACAGCCUCUGGGUUUUCCAUCUGAUGGUGAUUCGAUUCUCCAACUUGGCCUAUCUGGGGGGAGUAAAGAAACUUCGACUAUUUCUGUCUCAUCAGAGACUGAUGUGAAUACAUCUUAUAUCCCAGGCCAAGUAUCUCCCCGAGAAAACCAACACUUGAUUCCAGUCGUUGAUGAGGGUUCUACCUCGGCAAAGAAAUCAGGUGGGUAUAUGCCAUCACUACUUCUGGCUCCAAAAAUGGAUGGUUUUAAUAUUUCGUUCGAGUCACGAGGUCCUCUGGAGCGUCAGAGCAAAUCCCAGCUAAGUGAACCAUCUCUUUCUGUAGAAUAUUCUGUGGAUACUAUGUCUGAGCAGGAAACAGCUGGGACAAACUCAGACCUUCGAACCAGUAAUCCUAAGAGAUGCAAUUUUUUGGGGUGUACAAAGGGAGCACGAGGAGCAUCGGGUCUCUGUAUUGGUCAUGGUGGUGGACAAAGAUGCCAAAAACCUGGUUGCAACAAGGGUGCUGAGAGUCGAACAGCCUACUGUAAGGCCCAUGGUGGAGGAAAGAGGUGUCUGCACUUGGGUUGCACUAAAAGUGCCGAGGGGAAAACAGAUUAUUGCAUUGCCCAUGGUGGUGGUAGGCGAUGUGGGCAUCCAAGGUGCACCAAGGCUGCACGGGGAAGGUCAGGGCUUUGCAUCAGACAUGGCGGUGGAAAGAGAUGUAAGAUUGAGGGAUGCGCACGAAGUGCUGAAGGACAGGCUGGCUUGUGCAUCUCUCACGGGGGUGGACGUCGUUGUCAGUUUCAAGGUUGUUCAAAGGGUGCACAAGGGAGCACUAUGUUUUGCAAGGCACAUGGUGGUGGAAAGCGUUGCAUAUUUCAAGGCUGCACCAAGGGUGCUGAAGGGAGCACGCCCCUUUGCAAGGGACAUGGUGGGGGAAAGCGUUGCCUUUUCGAUGGUGGAGGGAUUUGCCCAAAAAGUGUUCACGGGGGUACAAACUUUUGUGUUGCUCAUGGUGGCGGGAAGAGAUGUGCUGUGCCAGGCUGCACAAAAAGUGCACGGGGACGCACUGAUUGCUGUGUUAGGCAUGGGGGAGGAAAACGGUGCAAGUAUGAGAAUUGCGGGAAAAGUGCCCAAGGCAGCACAGACUUUUGCAAGGCCCAUGGUGGAGGGAAGAGAUGCAAUUGGGGCGAGGGAAAAUGUGAAAAGUUUGCGAGAGGCAAGAGUGGUUUAUGUGCUGCUCACAGCAGCAUGGCGCAGGAGCGAGAGUUGAGCAAGGGAGGUCUUAUUGGUCCCAGACUUUUUCAUGGGCUUGUAUCUGCAGCCUCAACAACAGCAGGGAGCAGCAACAACCAUUCUACUUCAGGAAUCAGCGUCGUGUCUGAUUGCAUCAAUUCACUUGAAAAGCGAGCGAAAAGACGACAACUAAUACCCCCGCAGGUAUUGGUGCCUUUAUCGAUGAAGUCCUCGUCAUCGUAUUCAAACAUCUUAAAUGCUGAGAAGGCAGAAGGAAAUAGGUUUGACAUUGGUGUAGGUAGCAGUAGUGGGAGGAAAAGCUUCGACUUUGAUAUUCCAGAGGGAAGGGUCCAUGGCGGGCCUCUCAUGUCAUUGUUUGGUGGUAAUCUUAACAACGCAAUUGAUGGAAUAUGAAGCGUUAGGCAUUGUGUAAAGUUUUAGGUUUUGUUGUGGAUUUGGGAUUAUUUUGGUGAUGAAAUUUGUAAUUGUGUAUAAGUUAUGGUUUCUGUUCAUCGACUCGUAUAUAGUUUCUGUUGAUAGUUUGUGAUAUUCUGCUGUAAUUUUCACGGAGUCUGGAUUCUUCAAUUGGGUUUUUCUGCUUAAUCAGACCUUACAAUGUUAACGUGAAAAAUAAAGCGGUCUGCACAAUGUCUUUCGAUGCGUAUAUUUACGGAAAGAUUUAGCUUAAUUUUGUCACAAGAGUGAUAAAUGUGAAUAAUUAGACUGCGUAAGUGGUAUUGGUCCUAAUUUUCACCACAAAGGAAGAGUAAAAAAGUUGAGCGAAUUUGAACCGAGAAUGAUUUCUAAACGAUUAUCAGAUGUUGGUUUGAUCUCUUAUAAGGAAAGAGCAGUGGAGCUUGGUCCAUGUAUUACUACUUUUAUACCCCCAUUGGUGGAUUGAUUUAUUAAACAGAAGCAUUUUAUUGCUUAGUUCAAGCCACACUGUGACU